AGCAUUUAAAAUAAAGAAACAAAAGGCGUGCAAAAAGUUACUCCCUUUUCCGAAUUUCUUGGCAAAAUUUUUCCUUUCAUUUUCAGCGUUGGUAGACUGACAUAAGCCUCCUCCGUAUCUAUUUGGAUUUCCUAUAAACAUGCUCUGCAUCUCCGUAUCUUCAGCCUCCAGGGCGGUGCCUUUCCGUUGAGAAGUUUCAAACUUUCAAUGAGUUAGACCCUACCGAUAUUCCAGCGUUUUCUUUUGUAUGCAAACCAACAACAAGGGGUUCGAAGGUAAGCUUGGUAGUUCGUAUGAAUGAACAUUGCGUAGGAUGAAUUCAUAAUUUUUUAUGGGAUUAAGUUGAAUUUGGAUCCUGGGUAAUCAACAUUUGCAUUUGUUUGUCUGGCUAUCCAUUGAAUUUGGUUCGUAUUGGGGUGAAGAUCAGAUCUUUUGUGUAAUUCCCAGCUGCUUUGAAUGAAAAGAUUGAUUUUUAGGAGUUAUUAUUUUUGCUUUAUUGAUUGAUUAAUGGUAGCUUUGAUAAAUAUGGAGCAUAGUAUUGGAGGAUUGAAUGGUGAGAGUGAAGGGGAGGAGAUGGAAAGAAUCCCACUAUCCCAUAACCAUCGUGUUAGUCAAAACCUAGGAUUGCGCUUUCGUAAUUCUGGAGAUGUAAAACUGAAAUCAUAUGUUUUUGAUGGAGAAGGGAAUUAUUAUGAUAAAGAUUGGGAAAUCUCACCAGAGGGUAAUAAUGGCAGAGAGUUUUGUUGGUACCAUGUGGAGCUUCCCAAGUACAACCAGAAACUUUCACAAUCUGCGCAAUGCCUUAUUGAUGUCCUCUGCCCCCCUCUUAAACUCCAAGACAUUCUAUCACUUGUUAGCAAUGGACCUUUCUGUGGGAAUGUUGAUGGUGCACUUGUCUUCAGGGUGAAUUCACCAGGACCCGCAUCGAGUAAGUUCACUUUCAGAAUUGCAGCAAGAAUUACUGAGCAUUCGGUUAUUACGGUUUCAUUAGGACGUGUCCCGAGAUUGGAAUUCUCGCGGACAAACGAGUCCCUUCUCUCAGAGGUUCCGGUUGUGGAAAAUCCUGGUUAUGGUCAUUUGCAAGAGAAGGAGAGGGGUGGGAUUGUAAUUAGGGAACAUGUUCUUGAUUUCCUAUUGACGAUGAACCACUCUGAGGAAGCAGAUAAUCCUGUCCCCAAAUCUGUGUCCAAUCUUGUUGUUCACGUUAUAGACACUCAUGUUGAUCAGCUUCAAGAUGUUGUGACUAAUCUGGAGAUUGAGUUGGACUCUGUGGAAUUGGAAUUGGACAGAGGUGAAUUUGCAUUGAAGAAACUAAUGUUAGAUGAUAGAAGAUUUCCAAAAAUGCAUCUUGACUUGCAACGCCUUCUACUGGAAUCAAACAUACCAUAAGGCAGAUGUAGCCAUCUAGUUUCAGGGGAGAAUAGCCAUUUGAGAGCUAAUCCUGAAAAGGACGAGUUUUCAUAUUCUGUGCCAGAAAGUUCUUGAUGGACAGUGAUUCAAAAAGCGGGUUUGCAGGUGAUUUCAUAUGGAGAGCAAGUAUAUCCACGAGUCAAGGAGAAGUGUUCUUCAAAAGAUUGGUUUUCCAGUGAAGACAUUGUCUCCCUAGAAGAGUUAAUUAGUCGACUGAGAAGAUUGAAGGAGAAUGUUGGGUUUAUAGCUAACCGUGUCACAGUUGUUCAAGCUGGUCUUGACAGCUGGCAGUCUGAGCAAAUAAACCGCAAACUUUACUACCUCUCCUUCUUAUCCAUCAUAUUUCUUCCUUUAUCCGUAAUAACUGGAGUGUUCGGGAUGAACGUGGGAGGGGUUCCUUGGACUAACCAAAAAGAACCAGAGUUGAAAGAUGGUUUUAGGAAUGUCAUGUUUCUGUGUGUAGCUAUGUUACUGUUUGUUCUUCUCUGCUUCCUUUUCCCGACUCUUUAUAGUCAGUUCAUGGCUUGGAAAAGAAGACAGGCUAUGAGAAGAAGUUGGUCCAUCAACCGUAGAUCUUUUGUUAGAAGAGGUACAGGCUGCACUGAUAGAACGGGAAGAGGCGGCUAUCUUCGUCUGUAUUAGAGAAUCAAAUGUGUGGUCCGUCUUUAGCGUAAGCUAUUAGUUUGUGCUGGUCAGGAUUGUGCAAAUGAAUCAAUUGGAAACUCAUUGCUGCUGAACCAUUUCUGAACCGGAGAUCCAAACGAUUAGAAAUUACCAUUUGCUAGAAAGGGUAAAAGAGAAGGUACCAGUUUUGUAAAUUGGCUCCAUCUUCAGACUCCAUUUCUUUUCCGUGUUGCCGCUCUCUGUAUAGAUGUUUUUCCCUUUGGUUUCUUGUUUUAAUUUUUUAUCACGUGUUAUUUGUAAAUUUUAAGCUUAGUUUACUCGAUUCAGGCCCCCAUUUUACUCAAUUCAGGUUGAUGCACAAUCUUGACUCCAUUCCCUGACCCUUUUAAGCAGUAAUUUUAAAACAACUAUUUGAUGAUGUUUUGGACUUGAAGAUGAUUGAAUUGAAGAUAACUUAAUGUUCAAAUCUUUUGAAGGACAAAUAUUACUUAAUGCUUAUGUCCCGACUCCUAAGUCGUGCAUUGUAUUUAUAGCUUGUGAAAUUCAUGAAUCCUACUUACAUCUAUUCAUUUUAUUUGUUAAGUUAAGAAUUCAUAUGUAACUCACUCAUGUUUUAUCACUCCAUAAUCUUGUUGGCAUCACUUUUGUGCCAUUCCACGACACCUUUUGAAAGUCAUCUUCUUCUGCAGUCCGAUGUGUUUGUUUCUUUC